AGUACUAUCGGUCUAUGAGCUAAGAUGUUCUUUUAUUUAUUUUGUGUCGCCAUAUUUUUGAUAGCUAUCCACGUGUUGUUCAAUUACAAUGCAAAAGCGAGACUCAUAUUCAAAUUACCAUCAACAAAGAGUACUUUUAUUAUGGGCCAUGCUUUGGAUGUUAUGGUGUCACAAGUGGAGCUAUUUCGGUAUGCCCGGAACAUGGCAGCCAAGUUCUCGGGAAUCUACGGAUUCCAUGCGUUCCCGGUGUCCAGUGUCUGCAUCUACAAUCCAGAAGAUGUCGAGAUCAUCACAUCGAGUAUGAAGCACAAUGAGAAGAGUAACUUGUACAGAUUUCUAAAGCCAUGGCUGCAAGAUGGACUACUUGUAAGUAAAGGUUCAAAAUGGCAGCAGCGUCGAAAAAUUCUUACAUCGGCCUUCCAUUUUAACGUGUUGCAAAAAUAUUUCGUAACAAUGAAGGACAACGAUAAAGCACUAAUUGAAUCUCUCAAAAAGAGUAAUGGAGAACCCGUAGAUAUCGUGUCAACAAUGACCGAAUACACACUGAAUACCAUUUGCGAAUCAGCAAUGGGAAUAAAGCUAAGAGAAAAAGAGUCUGAGCUUGGAAAAUCGUACAAAAAUGCGAUAUACAGUCUCGGAAAGGACCUAGUGAAAAGAUUUUCGAACAUCUUCAUCCAUCCUGAUAUUACAUUCUACUCAACAAUCCUGGGAAUACGUCAAACGAAAUAUUUGAAUACUAUACACAGCUUCACGAAAAGUAUUAUACAGAAAAGAAAGGAAGCUUUAAAUAAUUACGAAGUUAGUGAUGAAAAUAAUAAUGAGGAAGAAUUGGGUAUUAAAAAGAAAAGAACUGCCAUGUUAGAUUUACUGCUAUCCGCACAAAAGCACGGAAUAAUAGAUGAUAAAGGUAUUCAAGAAGAAGUCGACACAUUUAUGUUUGAGGGACACGAUACGACAGCAGCUGGAUUAACCUAUGCAAUUUUGUUACUGGCAAAUCACUCUGACAUUCAAAACAAAAUAGUUGAGGAGUUACAUGGCAUAUUUGGAAACGACGACAGAGACGCAACUAUGGAUGAUUUGGCUGCGAUGAAAUAUCUAGAGUUGUGUUUAAAAGAAUCCAUGCGUCUCUAUCCACCUGUACCGUUUAUAAUGAGACAAAUAACACAACCCUGCAAAUUAAGUAAUUUUGAAAUACCAAAGAAUACAUUAUGCAGUAUCCACAUCUAUGAUUUACACCGAAACGAAAUUAUGUUCCCCGAUCCGCACAAGUUUAACCCUGAGCGGUUCCUGCCGGAGAACAGCGUGGGUCGGCACAACUACGCCUACAUACCCUUCAGUGCCGGACCCAGAAACUGCAUUGGUCAAAAAUUCGCAAUGAUGGAAAUGAAAUCAUCUGUGUCGUCAAUUUUAAGAAACUUCGAGCUACUUCCAGUGACCAAGCCAUCAGAUAUUGUUUUUAUUGCCGACAUCGUCUUAAGAAACACCGAGCCAAUCUACGUUCGAUUUGUACCUAGACGUUAA